UACGAAUGCUGCCAUUUGAAAUGCAUCGUGGAAUGUUCUGACUAUCCCUUUCGUGAUGUCCAGUACGAAUCGACUUUUUUUCAUCUCCUUCAUUCGAACAAUGAUAUCUAUUACCAACAGUAACAACUUAUAACAAGGAAAUGGAGAGGAACGGUGAGCUGUCGGUAUCGCGCUCAUGGAAAUAAACAAAACAGAAUGCCCUUCGAAAUUUGAUGUGAGAAAGUUGAGGAGGUAUUAAAAAGCUGCGAUGAAUCUCUGUUUGAAAACUUAGCCCGGCUCCGCUUAAGAAGAAAAUCUUCGAAAUUGAACUGGGGAAUUUGGAAACAAUUAUAGAAGAACAAAAAGAGGCUGACAGAUUCAAGAAAUACGAUGUCAUAGAUAGCCAGUUACACACUUACACUUCAUCUGCCUGUACUCAUUCUUUUGUGUACAAGAGAUAACAUCUGCGUUAUGCAAGAAUGAUAGAGCUACUUUUUUGAAAUAAAAGAAAAUGACACCUUCAUUGGAGGGCAUUCUCAGUUCAGGAAGUAAAGAACGCAGCACUCGCGGCGUGUAGAUUAGCGGACGGCAUUUAGAGAUCUGAAAUGGAGUGGGGCACAAUUAUUCUUGCUUCUUUACCAAUCAUCAUACUACUGUUGUAUUGGCACUUCACACGCACAUUUUCCCACUGGAGGAAGAAAGGUGUCUUUUAUAUUGAGCCUCAGAUUUUCUUUGGAAAUGUGAAGGAUAGAUUCACCUUCCGCUGUUCCUUUCAUGAAAUGCAGCUGAGGCUUUAUAAGCAGUUUGAGGGGCAUCCUUACGCAGGAUAUUUUGAGGGCCGUCGACCUGUAUUAAUAGUUCGAGACCCAGACCUCAUCAGGAACAUCAUGGUCCGUGAUUUUGACUGUUUCGUGGACCGACCAGUGCUACGAUUGAAGAACAGACCACACAUAGAUAAUAUGCUAAUUAACCUGAAGGGAGCUGAGUGGAAAAAAGUGCGUGCUAUGCUCACCCCUACUUUUAGCUCAGGAAAGCUGAAAUCUAUGGAGAAAAUAGUAGUACAGUGUGGAAAUCAGAUGACACGCUACCUAACAGAACAUGUUACAGAUAAUAACAAUGAGUUUGAAAUGAAAGAUCUCUUUGGAAGGUUCACAAUGGACGUUAUUGCAACUUGUGCAUUUGGUGUGCAGUGUGACUCACUGAAGGACCCAAAUGAUGAGUUUGUGAAAACAGCUUCAGAAUUCAAUGACAUUUCUGUUUUGGACAGAGUUAUCAUACUUGCUGUACUUUUUAUUUUCCCACCACUGCUGAAGUACCUACCAGUGUCCUUCUUCAAUGAAAAGUCCAUAGCUUUUCUUGCAAAAGUGGUCCAAGAUACAAAAGAUUAUCGUAAAAAUAAUGAAAGUGCAAGGAGGAAUGACUUCUUGCAAUUGGUUUUGGAUGCUGCCGCAAAGGAAAAUGAAGACAUAAAAGAGCAGCGUAUCCAGGAAUCAGUGAUGACAGAUGAUAAAAUAGUUGCUCAGUCAGUUUUAUUUCUUCUUGCUGGCUAUGAGACUUCAAGUACACUGCUUUCUUAUGCCAGCUAUGAAUUGGCUCUAAGCCCUGAUGUUCAGGAAAAGGCUAGAAAUGAAGUGAAGAAUGUUUUGUCAAAAUAUGGAGGCGUAUGCACAUAUGAAGCAUUGAAUGAGAUGAAUUACCUUGAAAAUGUGUUGUCAGAGGCCCUGCGCAUGCAUCCUCCAGUGGCAAGGAUUGACAGGAUGUGCACCAAACCUUACACAAUACCAGGCACAGAUGUGAAGAUUGAUGUGGGAGAUAGUGUCUCCAUACCAGUCAUGGGAUUGCAUUAUGAUCCACAGUACUACCCAGAUCCAUAUAAAUUUGAUCCAGACAGAUUUGUGGCAGAAGAGAAACUAAAACGCCCUUCACAUGUAUAUCUGCCAUUUGGUGGUGGUCCAAGGAACUGUAUUGGUGCAAGGUUUGCAAUAAUGAGCACCAAAAUAGGAAUGGCUCAUCUUUUGAAAGAUUUUAAUUUGAAAAGAUAUGAAAGGACUGAUGUUCCAUGUCAGAUUGAUACCAAAUCAAUGUUACUUAAAUCUAAAAAUGGAAUUUGGUUACGCCUUGAAAAAAUAAAUGCUCUUUGAUUUUUAGUAUAAACUACAAUAAUUUAUGAGCUACUUUCCUAUGAAUAAAGCUUAUGCUUAUGGCUGUGCUUUUGGAAUUGCCUAAUUAUAAAUCUGUGGCUAUAAGAAUCUAUUAUGUUUCACGAUGUGCUGUAUUUCUAGAUGGAAUAUUAUGCUUGUUGACUGAAGUUCAGAUAUAUAUGCAAAGAGAUUAGAUUUUGACAUAGAUGAGAAUAUUAUCAUACUAACAAUUUAUUUAUUGAUACCUUUCUGAGGACUACACACUUUGGCAAUUUUGCAACAGUAUGUAUGAAAUCCUGACAUUUUAUCAUCCUCAAAAGAAAACUCUGUCCUAGAAGAGACAAUGUGAUAGCAGUACCUUAAAAGAAACAUUCACAACUGAAUAGUGUGCCUUCACAUGAUGAUUUAUAUAGAUCAAUUUUGUAGCAUACAAAUGUAAUGGAAGAGGAAGCUGUAUGUAUUCAUGUCGUGGUGCUGAAAUAUUUUUUGUGCCAGGUGUAGUCAUUGUUGAGUUGUCAGCUUGUAACUAUGUCUUCCUCUGAUUGUCUUUCCACAGUCAUUUAGGUUGACACUACAACACUCUAAACUACAUGUCUUGUAAUAAGGAUGUGGAUUUUAUCACGUAUAAUAAUAAACAACUAACUUUAAUUAUGUCCAUCCCUUUAAUUAUGUCCAUCCAAAGUUUUUGUACACAACUAAAAUUUUUAAUAAAAUGUAAAAGUAUAGUGCAAAUAUGUAGCUGAAGGUAAAGAAGAUGACCAUAUUGUGUGGAGCAGAAAUACUGUAUUCAGUAACAAUUAUUUAAUUUACUUUUAAUUUUUAUAUUGAACAAAAUUAAUAUUCUUAUGAAUAAGGCUUACUCUACAUGUAAUGAAGAAUUUCAUGUUAAUAAAAGCUCUGUUUUGUAAUGUGUGUUUUGCUCCUCCUUUGCUUUGUAAAAUUUAUUGUAAGCCAUUUCAUCACGUAGGCCAUACAUAUCUGUUACAUCUGCUGCUUAGUACAUCUGUCAUAUGAGAAGUUUAAAGUUUGCAUGAUCAUAAUUGUUGUAAUCAUAAGAGAAGUGUAAAUAAAUGAGCAUUUUUUGUAGCAUAACUGUAGCACUACAAUUAACAGUAGUGUAAAUUUGUAUUUAAAAACUGAUAAUGUGCUAUACCCUUCAAUCCAUUUUAAAGAAGUCCAUGAUUAUUUAAUGAACUGCUCUGGCUCAGACCUCUCUAACAUUACAAUCAUAGCUGAAACUAACUUUACUGAAUGUUCUCAAAGUACAAGGAUGUAAUAUACUGCCUAAAAUUAUGUGGUAAUGGCAGUAAGAAUUAAGUAUAAUUUUGACCAAAGCAAAUCAAUAAUAGGAAUUUUUUAAGUGAUAAGUUGACAAUAUCAAAGAGUAUGAUUAUAAAACAAUGAUGAUAACACUCACCUAAAAUCAAAGAAGCAAAUAAAAUUUGCAAACGCACUGAAAUUUCAUAAAGUUUGGGCAACAUAUCUACAGUAGAUAUGGUUCAAAUAAAUGACAGUAAUUUUUUCAUCAUUAUAUACAUUGCUCUAGUGGACUGUUUUAAUGAAAUGCAGGACACCAAGAUACAAAAAGGUAUGACAUUAUUCGGAGACACUCGACAAAAAGCUCUGAACUGUAGUAUGUAAUCUAUGGCACAAUAACAGUAAAAGAUCAAACUGUGGAAGCUAAAAUUUGACAUUAAAUUAUUCUAAUGAAAAUAAUCAGUUUUUGAAAAUACAAUGUAAUUGGGUAGAUAAAAAAAUCAACUCACCAAGUGGUGGCAGGAGAAAACAAUAUAUAAUUGUUAAGUAAAUGAGCAAGCUUUCAGAGCCAGAGGCUUCUUCUUCUGGGUUAAAGGGGAGGAAAAUGGAUGAAGGAAAAGGACUAGCAAGGUAUAGGAAAUGGGGAGAGUUUGGAAAAGUUGCCCAGAGCCCUGGGUCAUGGGAGACAGCGGAUGGCAUGAUUGUUGGGGACUGCACCGGACGACAUCUGGCUUGCACAUUUACUCAGUCUUUAUGUACAUUUUCUUCCUGUUGCCACUAGGUGAGUAGAUUUUUUACCUGUCCAAUUACAUUACAUUAUAUUAUUUUGUAAUUCUAAAACAUAAGAACCUUAUAAACCCUCACAGUAUAAUUUCA